GCAAGAGAGGAGCUCCAAAUUCGUGACAGAUGGGUUGAGUUGUGUUUGUAUCAACACGAACUCAUCGAACAAUUAACAAUGGUUGCUCUUACCCACGUCGCAAAGGCUGAUGCUUACUCUGUCCUCCCACCAAAGAUCUCUGAGAACUCGUUCCUCGGUGACGUUAUCACAGUUGGUGAGACCCCAAUCACUGGUGGUUUCUUCAAGGUUGUUCCAGGUAAGGAGCUGGUUUACACCUACCCAUACGAUGAGUUGAAGAUUGUCCUUGAGGUUGAAGGUGACUUCAUCGUCUCUGACAGCGAGGGUAACACCGUUCACCCAAAGGCUGGUGAUCUUUUGAAGUUCCCAAAGGGUGUCACCAUCACUUUCAAAGUUGAAGGUGGUGAGGAUGCUUACGCUUACAACUUCUACGUUGGCCAAAAGAAGCAAGGUGAAUUGUAAACUGGUUUUUACAAUUGUCAAUUGAUUAUAAAUUCUGUUACAC